GAAAAUCGAAAGUAAAUGUAUUAAACUACAAAAAAGAUAUUUUCCAACCGUUAUAUUCUUGUCAAACUGUAUAGAAUAAAGAAAUCAUUUGUUUCUCGCUUUUAGACAUGUACUACAGUCGUAAUAUUGUAGCAGGACUGUGUUUUGCUAUCUAAUAAACACGGACUGAAGUCGCGUCACACUCGGUGCGUAAUACCGAAUGUAACGCAAAUGCUGCAUUGUAUAGUUCUGUUUGCCGAAUUAUCCUUGACUGUUAGUGGGUGGGAAAUUGUUUUGAAAUACAAUGGCAUACCGAUGCACAGACGGAAAUAUUCAUUCAUCCUGUUUCGGCUGCGCAGAAUAUACAUUCAGUGAACACUGCAAAUCACACCAGCAUCAUCUCUCCACUUUGCCGAGCGCGGGGUACGCUUUCGAAUGCGCCUAGCCGCGGAGUUUCCGGGUUUUCUGUCGUCUACGCUGGUGUUUCUGGUCACAGGGUGUCGGGUCGAGACCGCUUGCUGAGAAUGGGGGACAACCGGGGCAAGUUCGAGCUCUUCAAAACUCCAGGUAAACACGCGGCGCGUAAGGGCUCGAAGGACAGCAAGCUGCGUCUUCGCGUCAUCUUCCUGGAUGACAGCGUGAAGAUUUUUGAAGUCGAACAGGGGAUUCUGGGAAACGAUUUCUUCAGCAAAGUGUGCGGAUACUUGAAGCUGCUGGAGAAGGAGUACUUUGGGCUGGAGUUCCGUCACCAUAGCGGCAGCUACGUGUGGCUGGAACUGCUUAAGCCCCUGGCAAAGCAAGUUAAAAGCACCACUGACCUGACGUUCCGCUUCAUCGUGAAGUUCUUCCCCCCCGAUCCCGGGCAGCUCCAGAAGGGUCUGACCCGGUAUCUGUUUGCUCUGCAGAUCAAGCAGGAUCUGUCCAACGGGAGCCUCACGUGUAACGACAACAGCGCCGCCCUGCUGGUCUCCCAUAUAUUACAGUCCGAGCUGGGGGACUAUGACGAGGAGAUGGACGCCCAGCACCUGCAGAACAACCAAUAUGUCCCAAACCAGGAGUACCUGGACCACAGGAUCAUCGGCUUCCACAAGCGACACAGAGGUCAGACCCCCUCGGAGUCGGACGCCCAGCUGCUGGAGGUGGCCCGCAAGCUGGACAUGUACGGGAUCCGGCCGCACGCGGCCAGCGACGGGGAGGGCAUGCGCAUCAACCUGGCCGUCACGCACAUGGGCGUGCUGGUCUUCCAGGGCAACACCAAGAUCAACACCUUCAGUUGGGCCAAAGUCCGCAAGCUCAGCUUCAAGAGGAAGCACUUCUUAAUAAAACUCCACGCCAAGAUCGCGCCCUCUCGCAGGGACACGGUGGUGUUCACCAUGGCCAGCCGAGACGUGUGCAAGGCCUUCUGGAGGAUGUGCGUGGAGUACCACGCCUUCUUCCGCCUCACCGAGGAGCCCAGGUCCCACCACAAGUCCCUGCUCUCCAGCAAGGGCUCCAGCUUCAGGUUCAGUGGCAGGACACAGAAGCAGCUGCUCGACUCUUUGGGAAAGGGAGAGAAGAAAAAUAUGUCCUUUGAGAGAAAGCACUGCAAGACGGACUUUGACGCACGUCAGUGCAGGUCUUCCCCCGACCUCCUCACAGACGUCUCCAAACAGCUGUUUGGGGGCUCCUGUGUACUCCCCCACGCUGGCUCGGCUCAGCGCGGCUGUGAGCGGGACAGGGGCGCGCCGGCCCUGAGGGGGAGGCGCAGUAAGUCCGCCAUGGAGGUGGUGUUCGCCGCCGAGCUGGAGCGCUCGCACCCCAGCCCCCUCUCCAAAGCCCGCUCCCCGCCCUCCUCCUCCUACCCCGGGACAGCGGCGGGGGCGGGGGCGGGGCUGCAGGUGCGGGGGGGCGCAGAGGCCCAAACCGCGCCAGCGGGCGGGGCAGUCCCGGUCCAGCGCGGGGCUGGCGGAGGGGCCCCACGGGCUGGUCCUCCUCUACCCCAACAACCCCCACCUGGCGCUGCACCCGGUGCUGCCCGCCUUCCCCCUGGCUGCCCCCGUGUUCGUGCCUGGCGGGGGUGGUGGCGGCGAAGGCGGGCCCUCGUCCCAUGACCGUCUCCACCGCCCCCCCGCCCACAACCACCACCACCACCACCACCAAGCCCCCCCGGCGGACGACGUGGUGCGCUCCUCCAGCUUCUCCAGCCCCUCCUCGCUCUCCCCCCUGCGGCGGCGGCGUCCCCGUGCCA